ACAGGAUGAGGUUUCUGCCAGCUGCCACAGGUUUCCCCGCAUCAAAGGGUUAAUCGCACUAGUAAGGUGAGGUGGUGGGGAGGAGCUGAACUGGGAAAAAGGCAGAGGUGCAACCAGGAAAAGUUAGGUGUGAUCUGCCUGUGAUUGAGGAGAGGAAAGUUUAGGAGUUGCACGCACGGUGGGACUCCAAAGAACUCAUCUGAAGUGACCUCUGCCCGGGCGUAAGGAUGGUGACCACUCCAUGUUCUUAGAUGGUUGAUCUACAAUGGUCUUCAGGCUGCAGAUGUAAAUGUUGUUUCCGCUGCCCCCUGGUCAGUCACCCUAUAUGGUCUCCAACCUAUUGGAAUCAUAUAAUCAAGUAACUCUGAAUUGUAUUGGACAAAAAAGGAUCCCCAGGAAACUUAUCUACAAGAUGUUGAAUUAAGAUGAACAUGCAGAAUCCGGCUGAACCUUGAAUGUCCAGAGGCUAUCACAAAAUGCCUCAAGGCUUCUGAUCAUCAUACAAACACUAUGUGCUAAUGACUAGAUGCCCUCAGGCGGGUCAGCUUGAACGUCUUCAAGGCUCCUUUCUAUACAAGGUGCAGAAUCUGAUUCUAAUUGGUUCCCUGGCCAAAAAUAUUUCUGGAGGACCUUAGACUUCUGAUAAAAACAAAUGCACCAAAGGUAAAACCAAAGCUUCUGUGAACAGGUUCUGGCGUAUAAUAGAUGACCAAGGUAGAACCCCAAUAAACGGAAUCGAGGUUUGCGAUUAAACGAGGAAUCCAAAGUGAUGACCACAAUGAUGUUCGGAUCUUGUCUGUCAUAGGAAAUACAGAAAGGCUUCAACCCGAUAAUCUCACUACAUCUCGAGGAAUCUCAAGCAGCUUUGUGAGUCUUAAGCAGAUUAUAAAAAGAUAAACACCGCCUUGGUCUUCAUCUCUGCAAUGCUGACUGCUGUAUGUAGCUCUUUGGGGAACCAGCCAUCUGAGACUGACUCUCCUUCACCGCCUGAGAUCUCUGUGAGACCAUACCUUCAGCUCUCAGAAGCAGAUUCAGGACUUUCCUUACAGCCAGACGGUGUUCAAGAGUGUUCCUUUUCUGCUAGCGAGAAAUACACCUCCCUGACCUCGGUGAGACCCUCCAGCCAGACAUUUUCAGUUCGGGAAUCCGAGGAAAGCAACUUAUUUCCCAAAUUUCUGCACCCACCUCUUGAGAUGUCCCACCCGUAUGAAACUUGGAUCCGACCCCCAGGUCCAGGUGGAUCUGGAGAAGAGGGUGGGGUACCUUCUUGGUGGGAUCUUCAUGCUAGUUCUAGCUGGGUGGAUCUGCAGCCUGGAGCAGGGGGCUUUUCUGCUUCCUCACCUCACCAACCUCCACUUGGAGGUUAUAGCCCAGAGAUGUGUGUGCCUCCUGCACACAUGCUUCCACCUUCUUCCCACCUCAUGGGAGCUUUGGAACCAACUCUGGAAUCCCAUUCCUCUGACCAGGGAUCAGAAGGUUCACCUCGACCCAAAGGUGUUCGAAGAGCGAUGCCACGAAGUGCAGCCCAAACAGCCUGUCGCUGUCCUAACUGCCAAGAGGCAGAACGUGUGGGUGGUGGUGGAGAGGGUGGCAAGCACAAAAAUCUUCACAACUGCCACAUUCCGGGAUGUGGCAAAGCAUAUGCCAAGACCUCCCAUCUAAAGGCUCAUCUGCGCUGGCACAGUGGAGACAGACCGUUCGUGUGCAACUGGCUGUUCUGCGGCAAGAGGUUCACUCGGAGUGAUGAGUUACAAAGGCAUCUGCAGACCCACACUGGAGCGAAAAAGUACCCCUGUCCCUCCUGUAGUCGUGUCUUCAUGCGCAGUGAUCAUUUAACCAAACAUAUGAAGACACAUGAGGGUGAAAGCAGGGGGGCAACAGAGGCAUCAAGUAAGGCCAAGAGUGAGCCAGAUGAGAGCGGAGCAAGCACUACAAACUGACACUUAGCAAGCAAAUAGGGGUCCUGUCCUGGAUGAGUAUAUCCUACCUCCGGACUGAAAACAGAGAGGAAUUCUGUAACAUAUUUAAUUUAUUUUGUAGAUGGAAUAGAUCGUUUAUUGGUUCUAGCAUCCAGAUCUAACAUCUCUGAUAUUGGAAUAGAAGGGAUAAUGGUUCCUUAGCAGAUUAAAUUAACACUAUCUUUAUCUCAAAUGAAUUGGUAUAAUGAUACCUAGAAAAGAACAUUAGGGUAUAGGUAUAAUUUCAGAUGACAAGGUGUAUGAACCAAUGGGAAAUAAGUAAGGGUGAAGAGGCAAUGUACAGCACAUUGUACGGUGUCAUCGGAAUGAAUCUUGGGCAUUAUUAUCUAUGGGACCCGGACAUAAUGGAAGUUACCAAUAAGGAGAGGAAGGCUGAGUAUGUUGUAAAUGAGUAAUAGGACCAGUCAGACACAUAAGAGGUUCUCCCAUUAAUAGAUUAGGAAGCAAGUCGUACAGGGACACAUACUGAGUGCAGAUUUAAGGUGCAACUUUAGAAGAACUAAUAUGGAAGGUGUAUUGUUAACAUAGGAGGAUUUCUGAUACUAACUUGCCCACCUUCUAUUUUGGGCUAAAGAUAUCUUCUUGCACAAAAGCUUAGUAUUUACCAAGUUAGCGUCCCCCUGGUGGAGAAGUGCGGAAGGGGGCAACACAGAAUAGCAGUGGCACUGUGGCAUUGUUAGUCCACUACAGGGGUAAAAGCACAUGGGAAGGAAUAAGAGGACAUGGUAAUGUAUACUUCACUAUUAUUGACAUUAAAGCAGUAUCCAUGGCAUUACAAGAGGGUGCCUGGCAAGCCAUUGGUUAGAGAUGUGUGAUUUGCAGCAACAAGUGUAGAGGAAACCACAUACAAUAAUAGAAACAGAGAGGAUGUAGCUCUAGUGAUGAAAUAGGGUUAUUCAGAAACAAAUACAUUAAUAAUAUUGUCAAGAAGGUGAUCUGAGUGUAGUAUGAAGAAAGAGUAGCCACGUAGAGCAAGUAAAGGGAUAGAAUAAAAGUGCAGGGAGUAAGUGCAGUGGAGGAAUAGCAGGGAAACCAGGGGUCCGGCUCUCAGUCAGUGAGGGGGAAAGCUGUAAACUGAAUAAGGGAGGCAGAGAGAAGGGGUUAAGGAAAUAUUGUAUUAAGAAAGUUGGAUAAGAGAAUAGAACAUGAUAUAUCCUUAGGCUGAAGAGUAGGGGGGCAUAGUAGUGGGGUGCAAGGUAAGGUAGGAUCCCUAAAAGCAGCGCUCAGAAUGGGGUGCUAGUAGAACUAUGCUCCUACAUGAACACAUGCAA